AUGGAAACAUUCGAGGACGGUCAUUCUGAUCCCACGCACUCUCAAGAGGCUCGUGGACGUGGCGACGCAGCGUUUGCCAAAGGCGACUACGACGGCGCGAUUACUGCGUACACUCAGGCUGUGAACGCAAAUGAAUUGGACUCGAAGGCCUGGAACAACCGCGGGCUUGUCUAUCUGAGGCUUCAAAACUGGCAGCAAGCCGAGUACGACGCCAAGUCAGCCAUCCUUAUCGAUCGCGAUUCCAAAGUCCCCAAUCCAUAUGGUUAUUGCAUUCGUAGUCUUGCCCGUCAAGGAGCGGGAAAGGUUGACGCAGCUAUUCGGGACUUGAAGCACGCUGCAUCCCUUUCACCCAACGAUACUCGAAUCCAAACCACAGUGUCGGCUGUAGAAGCAGCCCGCCCUCCCUGCCCCCCACCCCCGGUCGUCACUAUCGACUAUUCCGCCUUCCCACACCUUAUCGACAUGGUGAUCAGCUUUGCGAAUGCUGCCACUCGUGUCUCCCUGGGUUCAACUUGUCGAGCUUUGAGGGAGAAAAUCAUCAAGAUUGGCGAACACGUCCACAUUACCACCACUGAGGACGGUUGUUGGCUCCUCGCCACAUUCGCGCAACAGUCACCAAUGGGGCUUACGUUUCGAGAUCCCACCCAGGUCCAAGGCCCCAAGAUUCACCUUUGCCUGGUACCCGAUGACCACCGCGAGAGGUGGGCAGAUGUUUGGGGCAUCGGCCUUGCCAAAGUUGUCACUCUUUCCGGACCAAUGCCGGCCUCGUUUGUUCACAGCCUCCCUCCUCGCCCAGAGGUGUUGCGCAUUCGAGCCGACGAGAAAGGACGCAUUGUCGAAGACUUGUCGUUGGACAACCUUGAGGCGUCCAAGAUUGUCAUGUUUUCUGUCGACGUCAAGUACCACUCCAAAACUCUGCGCACCAUAUCACUGUCCCACUCCGUCAAGCGCCUCGUAUGGUGA